AUGCAUCGCACGCUUUCAGAGGCCAGUUUUCUCGAGACUCCUGGUCGUACUCGCACAGAAACGUGUGCUGCUGCUCUUAAAACAACUCCUCGUGUUCCUAAAAGAGUAGCAUUCGCUCCUAAAACUCUUUCUUUGUGCAUUCGAAGGGUGUUCUUGUUUGCAUUCGUUUCCGUUAUCCACUUUCCUCCGUUGUUCCAAUUCUCAUCCGCGUUGGAAACAUCGACGAUGAAUACGAUGAAAACGAAGUCCCCGUACCACGGCGUCUCCUCGGACGAACAAAAAUACACUCAGUUACUCUUCCAAAACGUCCCGGGGUUCACUCGGUCCAAGUUAAAACCGGAGUACGCAUUAAUUGCGCACGAGUCCAGAGUCUAUGGAGGUUUGUUCGGAUGGACGAAUACGCUCGGCGCGUACGUGGUCUCCCCGGGGAUGAAUAAAGCGACGAUUUUAAUGACCAUGGUCUCUAUGAAUACAAACGCAAAAUCGUACGUACCGUCACCGGGCGCGUGGCGGUUUGCGUUUGUUCUGGAUGGCCAAUGUUCGAUUCGGUAUCGAGACGAAGACGCCGAGGCGGAGGUGACGCGAGAGGAUUUGAAAGCGGGGGAGUACUUUUAUUUCCCGAUGAAUGUCGAGCACGAGAUAUACACGGAUGAGAAGAAUCAGUGCGAAUUGGUCAUGUACGAAGCGUUUACGAAACCGAAAUUGAACGGUACACCGGAUGAGUUUCCUACGGGGCAAAAAGUCAUCGUCGGCGAGACGGACGCUUUGCCGAACAUCGAAACGCCCGGGGAGAUUUUUAGGUUGAAGAAACUGUUGCCGCAAACGCUCGAAUACGACGUGAACUUUCACGUGAUGGAUUUCGCGCCGGGAGAGACGUUGAAUGUGAAAGAGUUGCACCAUCCGCAACACGGGUUGGUCAUUUUGGAAGGACAAGGUAUUUAUCGCCUGAACGAGGAUUUUAUGCCGGUGCAACAAGGCGACGUCAUUUACAUGGGGCCGUGGGUGACGCAAUGGUACGGCGCGUUGGGGAAGAACAGGACCAGAUAUUUGAUUAGUAAAGACACGUACAGAGAUCCGCUGAGAGAUUCGAACCCGUGA